UAUAUAACAAUUCAAUCCGGAUUCCGUCACCAACCACACAGACAGCAGUCGCCCCCUCCCUCGGGAUCCAUCUCAAGCUCCCAUGGAAGCGGCCACCCAGCUGGCGCUGCGCCUGCGCGCCGCCGCCAACGACCGCCUCGCGGGCCACGAGCCGCUCCUGCUCGCCGCGGCCCCAAUCCUCACCCUCCUCGCCGCGCGCGCCCUCCACGCCGCCGCCGGCCACGUUGCCGACCGUGGCCUCCGCACCGUCCUCAUCACGCUAGUCAUGGCCGCCCUCAAGAUGGUGCCGGGGGUUAGCGCCUACAUUGCCGCGCAGAAGAGCAAGGUCGUUGAGCAGCUGCAGUCAGGCAGCGGAUCGGCCAAGAAGAACCUGCGGACGGAGCUGCCGGACGUCGGGGUCCCCGACAAGGUCAUCGACGAUCUCCAGGUGCUCAAGGAUAAGGACGUGAAAUGGCAGGGGAAGUGCUCCGGCACAGUUUAUAUCGCUGGGAGCGAGUCCGAUGGCCAUUUCGCCCUGAUAAACAGGGCCUACUCUAUGUUUUCACACACAAAUCCUCUGCAUCAGGAUGUAUUCAAGAGUGUGGCACAGUUAGAGGCUGAGGUAGUUGCAAUGACAGCUGCUUUGCUUGGUAGCAAAGAGAAGGCAUCCGGUGGACAAAUCUGUGGCAAUAUGACAUCAGGAGGAACAGAGAGCAUAUUAUUAGCCGUCAAAACAUCGCGUGACUAUAUGCAAUCAAAGAAGGGAAUCACAAAGCCUGAAAUGAUAAUUGCUGAAUCAGCUCAUUCUGCCUAUGACAAAGCUGCUCAAUAUUUCAAUAUUAAAGUGCGCCGUGUACCUGUGAAUAAAGAAUUUCUUGCAGAUGUAAAAGGAUUCAGAAGGUGCAUAAAUGGAAACACUAUAAUGAUGGUUGGAUCUGCACCAGGAUUUCCCCAUGGUUUAAUUGAUCCUAUCGAGGAACUUGGGGAGUUGGCUUCACAAUAUGGUAUUUGCUUGCAUGUCGAUCUAUGCCUUGGUGGCUUUGUUUUGCCUUUCGCCCGCAAACUUGGGUAUCCUAUUCCUCCUUUUGAUUUUUCUGUCAAAGGUGUUACUUCAAUCUCGACAGAUGUUCAUAAGUAUGGGCUAGCCCCAAAAGGCACCAGUACUGUCCUGUACAGGAAUCAUGAAAUCAGAAAGCACCAAUUCGUUGCUGUGACUGAAUGGACUGGUGGGCUCUAUGUUUCCCCUACUAUGGCUGGAAGCAGGCCAGGUGGACUAAUCGCAGGAGCUUGGGCUUCUAUGAUGUCUCUUGGGCUAAAUGGUUAUUUGGAAAGUACGGGCCAAAUCAUGGAAGUCUCAAAGAAGAUACAGAAAGGAAUUGAUGAUAUCCCAGGGUUAUUUGUGAUCGGGAAGCCAGACAUGACAGUUGUGGCCUUUGGAUCGGAUGUGGUUGACAUAUUUGAGGUGAACGACAUAAUGUCAUCAAAAGGUUGGCACCUCAAUGCUCUGCAGAGACCUAACAGCUUGCACAUUUGUGUGACACUUCAACACACAACUAUCUACGUGGAAUUCCUCCAGGAUCUCAAGAAUUCCGUAGACACUGUGAAAGCAAAUCCAGGACCUAUCAGCGGGGGAAUGGCUCCAAUCUACGGUGCGGCUGGGAAGAUGCCGGACAGAGGCACGGUCAAGGAGUUGCUUGUGGAGUUCAUGGACAGUUCUUGCUAAUCAUUGACUCUCUUGGCUCUCUAUCUGUAACAUGUAUGUACGAGCAGCAGUUCCAGUGUGUUUGCUAAUCUAUUGGUUGCAAAAUUGAACGCACACAAUGACACAAUGCCUACAAUGGAUGUAUGUAUGUAUCAGUUACAUUUGUUGCAAUAAAGUUACAUUUUCAGUCUA